AUGUCGGCAUCAAUGAUUCGGAGGGGACUGGAGUUGCUAAGCGAUGACAUUAAAGUGUCAGAUGGUAGCAAGAAGCAGAAGAGCGCGGCCAAGAAGAAGCACACACCGAGCAAGGUUGAGUUGAUGGGCCUGGUGAGCACCAACCGUCAGGGCGUCAGCAGGCAGGUCCGGCGGCUGCAGGGGCGUCUCGGUCCGGGGAAGAGCAAGGCCACCGUCAAAGACAAGAGGAUCAAGUCUGCCGUGGAGGAGUUCAGGAAGAAGCAGGGGAAGAGCCAUCUGAGCUCCAACCUGCUGUACUUCCUGGGGACGGGCUUCAGAGCUACUGACUCCGACACCAUGAAGAUCGUCAACCAGAAUUCGGGCCGGCAGUCUCGCCACCGUCCGGACCGCACGGUCAAGAAAGCCUCCGGGGAGAAGUCUGUGUUCACAGAGGAUGAGUUCCAACAGUUCCAGAAGGAAUACUUUGGCAGAACUGUGGAGGAGGGUAACUAG